AGCCUGCCGGAAGAUGGUCAACGACCGGUGGAAGACCAUGGGCGGCGCUUCCCAACUUGAGGACCGGCCGCGCGAUAAGCCGCAGCCCCCGCCCGUAGUCAGCACCGGGUCGGCCGGUGCCAACAGCGCCCUGGUCACCGUGGACAGGGCCGACAGCUCGCGCCUCAGCAUUCUCAUCGACCCCCGCUGCCCCGACCUCGCCGAUGGCUUCGCCCGCCUGGAGGGCGCCCAGGCCUCCGUGCUGCAGGCGCUGACCCAGCGCCAGGCCGAGCCGCGGCUGGCGGGCGAACAGGAGCAGGAGCUGCUGGACACCCUGGCUGACCAGCUCCCCCGGCUGCUGGCCCGGGCCUCGGAGCUGCAGGCGGAGUGCGUGGGGCUGCGGAAGGGGCACAGCCUGCUGGGCCAGGGGCUCAGCGCCCUGCAGAGCGAGCAGGGCCGCCUCAUCCAGCUUCUCUCCGAGAGCCAAGGCCAUAUGGCUCACCUGGUGAACUCAGUCAGCGACGUCUUGGAAGCCCUGCAGAGAGACCGGGGGCUGGGCCGGCCCCACGUCAAGGCUGACCUUCAGAGGGCACCUACCAGGGGAUCACGGCCCCGGGGCUGUGCCAACGGCUCUCGGCCACGCGACUGUCUGGACGUCCUCCUGAGUGGACAGCAGGAAGAUGGUGUUUACUCUGUCUUCCCCACACACGACCCUGCUGGCUUCCAGGUCUACUGUGACAUGCGCACAGAUGGUGGCGGCUGGACAGUGUUUCAGCGCCGGGAGGAUGGCUCCGUGAACUUCUUCAGAGGCUGGGACGCCUACCGGGACGGCUUCGGCAAGCUCACGGGCGAGCACUGGCUAGGACUCAAGAGGAUUCAUGCCCUGACCACACAGGCGGCCUAUGAACUACACGUGGACCUGGAGGACUUUGACAACAGCACAGCCUACGCCCACUACAGGAGCUUUGGCGUGGGUUUGUUCUCCGUGGACCCUGAGGAAGAUGGGUACCCGCUCACUGUGGCUGACUACUCGGGCACUGCAGGGGACUCCCUCCUGAAGCACAGCGGCAUGAGGUUCACCACCAAGGACCGCGACAGUGACCACUCCGAGAACAACUGCGCCGCCUUCUACCGCGGUGCCUGGUGGUACCGCAACUGCCACACAUCCAACCUCAACGGGCAGUACCUGCGCGGCGCGCACGCCUCCUACGCCGACGGCAUCGAGUGGUCCUCCUGGACCGGCUGGCAGUACUCACUCAAGUUCUCCGAGAUGAAGAUCCGGCCGGUCCGUGAGGACCGCUAGCCAGGCGCACUGUCCAGCCCCGCCCACCGCCUGGCUCCGCCCCAUCCCCUGCUACCCACGCCCGCUGUCCCCUUGCCCGCCCCCAAAUCCGCUCUUGCUCAGCUGCCCGCCUGACCGCACGUGACUGAUGUGCUCUCGCUUUGGGGUGAGCCAGGCCAUCCCUGGACACUAAGCACCCCCUGGAAAAGUGAGGUCACACAUCACUUUCACACCAUCCCCACCCCUAAUUUGCCUCGGAUGGUGGGGGGCAAAUUUGGCCACCCCAAAUUCUACCUGCCCAGAUUUUGUUUCCUGGGCUGUGUCCACCUCCUCUUGACCAGGAGUCUGCCCUGUGCUCUGGCAGCCCUCUCUUUGUCAGUCCAAACACCCAGAGUAAUGGGCUCACAGAGGAGGGACAGACGGCACCCUGGAAUCUUUUAGCAGACAGCGGGAAGGGUCAGAUCUUUGAGUCAGUCUGAGGCCACCCUCCUCUGGCCCUCCUGCCCGCCUCUUCGUUUCUCUGGUGCCUGGAGAUCCCACCUCUCGUCCAAGGACUGGGGAGUGGCUGGUGCUAAGGGCUGCCUGGGCCCAUGGGCUGGGUGGCCACAUCCCACCAUGUCCCUGGGCCAGGCUGGGGUGAAGCUGCCUUCAGGAACUCACGCCCCAAUGUGACCGAGACCAGUUCCCUGGAGCCCUCCCCACCCAUCCACCCCUCUGUCUCUGCAGGACUGGGAGGCCCCCAGUCCCCUUAGCUGCUGGGCCCAGGCUCCUGCCUUCCUGGGGCAGCUGGAGACCAGCCCCACCCCAUUCUCCUGCCGGGGGAGGCAGGGGCAGGUCCUGCACCACUGGUCUGGGCUGGGCCAAGGAAGACCUCGUGGUUUUCUGGGUUUUGGCGGGCCUUGAACCACCCCCACCACCAAUUUCCAGGCAAGGACUCCAGGAUCCUAGGUCCUUCUAGGUGCAGGCCUGGAGGAUGAAGGCUGGAACCUGAGGGGUUUGGUGGCUGUUACCCCGUCAGCCAGAGGCUGCUGUCUCCGUGGGCAGGUCGCCCCCUGCUGGUGAUUGUGGAUGUUGCCACUUUGUGUGGGGCGGUAGGAAGGGCCUCACUGGCCAAGUAGGGAGACUGAGGCACCUGCCAGGCACUCAGACAUUUCUGAUUGAAUCCUCCCAAAGCCCAGCGUACUAUUAUUGCUCUCCUCCGACUGAAACGCAGGUUCCCACGGUCCACAAGCCGGAAGGGCAGGGCUGGGACUCCAGCCCUUAACCCCUGGCUGAGCAGCCUUGGGACCCUGAUACGUUUGCUGUCAGAACCAAGUGUAGGGCUGUUUUCCCAAGUUCCCACCUGUGGGGACCUGAGGGGGCCUUUGAGAGGGCCAGGAAGUCCACCUGGAGAGCCGCCCAGAGGGUGGGCAGCCCAGCGACUGACCCCUCCUCAGGCAGGCGGGAGAGGGUGUUUCCCUUACAGGACACCUGAAGGCAGUCAAAUGGCGGAGUGUGGGGUUCAGCUCUCCCUUCAAUAAUAAUAAAUCAGAGUUGGCCAGGGGCAGCAGGAAAAGCCCCUGUGCCACUGACUCGCCACAUGACCUAGCCGGUCCCCUCCAGCUCCACCUGGUUGUCGGCAUUCAGCAGGGUUCGCUGGACAUCCACUGUGGGCCAGGUUCUUCCCUGGAUGCUGAACAAGACCGAGUUCCUGCCCUCUUGGCGCUCCGUUGGAAUCAAGUCAGCCAAGAAACAGGCAAUUACAGCCCAGUGUGACCAGGGCAGUGACGGGAGCCGCACAGGGCAGGGUGGGGGCGGUGUGGAGGGAUGUGUAUAAGAUGACCACACGAGACCCCCUGAUGGGCCCCCUUUCUCAUUCUCUAGAAACCAACAGAGCCAGCCCACUCUGGCUGCUGGGACCCCCAGACAAGGAGCAGAGGCAGUGGGACCCUGAGUCCCCAUCCCGGGAGCCCCCUCUCCCCCCCAGCCCCAGGCUGCAGCCAGCUUCUGCUGCCAGCCUCGCAGUGCCAGCUACUGUUUAGAAAGUGCCAAGCACUUUCUGAUCUGUCAUCAAACAAACUCCUGGUGAGCGUGAUGUUAGUGGAGUCACAGAUGUGCGUGUGCUUUGGGAAGCUCCGGGACGCACGUGUCAGGGCUUGGCUGGGGAACAGACAUGCCACAGCUUGGGCCUGGCAGGGGGCCAGGGGAGGGUGGCCAUCAGGAGCAUCUGGCCGACCUGGAGACACCGGUUCCCUCCUACCGGAGAGCCCCAGCCCCACUCUCAGCCCAGACCUGGCACGACUGGGGGCGCGGCUGGGCCAAACACUGGCUAAGUGGGCACGAGUCCCAGCGUGGUGGGGACAGCCACGGCCAGUGCGCCCCCUUCCCAAAGGGCACCCCUUGACAGGCUGACCCACGACGCCUGAGUUGAUGGCUUGAUGGUGGGGUGCCUGUGGCCCAGUUAUACCACGUGACCAGAUCAAGCCCCUCCACUUCCUUCCCUGAUGAGGAGAGAGCCAAGCAGGGGAGGGGGGCUCUACAUGGGGAUCCUGAGGCAGUGCAUUUAUCCCCCAACAAGCUUCUGAAAGUUCCUUUCCACAAGCACAGGUAGGUUCUGUGGAAUCAGCCAAUGGCCUCGCUUCUUGCCUCUCAAACUUUGGAUACAUCUCUGGGAUGCCAUUCAGCUGGCCACCUUAGCUCUGUAGGUCCGGGGAUGAACAAACCCUGGGUAGCCUUGGCACAGGCGGCAGGAGAUAAGGAGAGAGCUGUGAGACAUUGUCAAAUUGCAUUUCCCCCUGCAGCCACAUGUAAAUAGAUUUUAUAAUGUUUGUCUUGGGGCAGAAGUGACAUUGAUAUCGCCAGCGCCCACUGCUUCCUGGUCCCCCGUGGCCACCCACCCUCACCCAUGCAGGCCUCUGGCCGGCCUGGCUGAGGCCAGAGCCCUGGAAGCUGGGAGCCCCAUCACCCAGCAGGAACUGCCAGCUGCAUCCGCUCCAGCAGGAGGUGGGGAGGUGGGGACACCAUGUCUGCUGACAUGGGGGUGGGGGGACAAGAGCAGGCCCCAGGCAGCUACAGAUCUCUGACCUAUGGAGUCUGAGGAGCAAGAUGCCGACAGGAGGACACAUCAGGAGAUUGUACACAGCCCAAGGACACGAGGCCUUGGUCCAGGUGGCUGGGGCCUCCCCAGGGCCUGUCUCCUCAUCUGCUUGCAGGGAGAGGGCUGUCUCCAAACCGAGUGGGCCAGGCAGCCAGCAGGACUCGGCAAACCCGGAGGGCUGAAGCUGGGCCUCAGUGCGAUUGGGGGAACCGGGCUCUGACCUGGGACUGGUCACUUUACCCGCUGCCAUUCCAACAGGCUGCCUGACUCUGUCCACACCAGGCUGGCGUGUGGGUGUGCUCCAGGGCUAGUGAGGGCGCUGGAGGGCCAGCACCGCCCACGACGGACAAAGCAUGGCAUGGGACAGGUGCUAGUGUGGCCCGUGUGUGCUUGGCGUCACGUGUGAUCCUGUCUCCAAUAAAGUCUCGUGGUGACCGACUCGG